CAGCCUCCAUGGACGCAUAUGAGAAAUGGUUAUGUGACAAAUUAUUAGAAUUAAACCCAGAUACAGAUACAGAAGUCUUUGUUACUUAUAUUAUUGGAAUCCUUGAGAGUGAAUCUGAUGAAGAGGAACAAAAGGAGUCACUUGCUGAGUUCCUCACAAGCUUAAUUGAAACUGGAUGUGAAGAAGCUAGUUUAGACAUUUUUAAAAAAUGGACAGAAUUUCAGAAACAUAAAGAAAAUGAGGCCAGCAAUACAACUAAAAUAGAUACAGCAGAAAAAUUAGCCGAAAUAUUUGAAAAACAGAAACUUGAAGUUUCGAAAGUCAAAACUAAAACUGCUGCACAGAAAGCCACAAAAGAGGCCAUUUUAAACCAGUAUUCUAUGGUACCUAGCGGCUCAGAAACUGAUGACUCAGAUGAAGAAAUAGCUCCUGCUCCUACUAAGGGAGGCAAACACAUAACCAAUGUAGAUGACUUUCUAGACACUUUUAAAAAUACCAACAGUGAAGAUGUUGCUGCGAAAGAAAGAUUAAAAAGAGAUGUGGCAAAAGUAGAAGCAGAUAAAAAGAAAGAAAAGGACAAACAGGAUCGAGAUUUCCAGAAAACAAAACAAGCAGAUCGAAAAGAAGCAGAGAAAAAGCGUACUCAAAAAGGAGAAAGACGACGAUAGCAGAAUUAAAAAUUUAAUUAGUUUGAUUGUAAUUAAUAAAAUUGGAAGGGAAACUACAGAUCAGUCUACUAUCUUAUAUUUUAAAAUUUAGGAAUGAGGGGGACAGGUAUCUAUUAAACUUUCUGGUAUUUAUUUCUCUAAAUCCCACAAAUGAUGAAAAUUGAUUCAACACCAGACAAAGCAUACUUCAACAAGAGCUGCAACAUGUAUGGUUAUGUCUUUACACCACCAUUGUUAUUGCAACUGAUAGAACUGUGAAAAGAACCUGAUUCUUUGAUAGCAGUUCUGUCAGUUUGGAAUGCUGUAAACUCUUAGGUUGAGCUCCGCUUGUUAUGAAAUAUCUUUGUGGACUGUUGUUUCUCUUUAUAUCUAGAGGUAAGUGCCUAUCAAAAUAACAAUACGAAUUAUGUUUAUCAUGUAAACUCUGAUGAUAGACAAGACAUUGGAGACAUUUUGCAUGGCUACAAUACUGAUUCCUGACUUGUAGCCAUAUUUAACAGAAAUAAAAAUAUUAGGUGAGGAGAUAAAGUUUCAAGUAAGUCAUGUACUGUAAAUUGAAGGAUUGAAUGCUGGAAUUUUGAUGUUUUUGUUAUGUAUAAACUAGUUGGUGUGGAGGCUAAGUGGUCUAUAAUUUGCACUUUAGAUCAUAGGAUCUGAAGGUCUGUUGUUCGAUCAAGUAUUGUUGUUUUGAUCCUGGAUUUGUAUGUGACAAGGAGUGGGGUCUCCUGCCUAGCCAUGUGGUUUUCCUCUUACUGGUAAAGAACCUGGGUGUAAGCAAAAAAUGUUAGUCUCGAAAUGACCUUGUUUAGUAGACAUUAAAACUUAUUUCCCUCUCCAUCUAUUUAUUUCAGUUGGUUGUUAAAUUGAGAGAGAGAUAAAUUGGGUUAAACAACCACUCGACACAAACUAGGUUAUUUCAGGAUUAACAUAUGGUUCAAUUUUAUUUCAAUAAUUCGUUUACACUUAGGGGUCUUUAGCAGUGGGAGGAAACCGGAGGACCCGGAGAAAACCCUUGAGGUUGUACAGGCAACCUUCUCCUUGUCAUGUACCACCGGGGAAUCGAAACCACGCCAGUUGACUCAAUGACAGACCUUAUGAUACAACGUGCACACGCUAACCAUUCAGCCAUCCAACCUCUCUCGUUAAAUUGAAUCUCCAUACAAAGUUUUGGUGUUUAUAGAAUUUGACUUGUGACCAACUGAAAGAUAUAAAGCUAAAAGAUUCAGUCAGUCAAUAUUCUCUAGUCAUUGUAAACCAUUUGGUAUUUGUUUAUUGCAUCACAGAAAUGACCUCGCUCAAUGUAGUUUGUUCUUAGUGCUUACAAAUCAUUUUUCAGUUAUAAUAUUGACUCCGAUGUGAGUACUAUGUAGUCAGAGACUACUGUAUAGGAUAAUUAAGUGAGACAGAUUGAUUGGUCUUCUAACUAGUCACUUGCUACACAGAAGCCAAGAGGCUGAACCAAACAUAUCGGACAAAUUUGGUGUUUUAGGAAUGAUAUAGUAGGUGAAAAUGGCAAAUUUCCAGUUGAAUAUUUACCGGUAAUACAAAAUCAUUAAUUUUACUUAAUUAGUUUUGCUUCUUUUUACUAAUAUACAGGCAUUGUGUAUUUCAUUUUAUUAUUUAUAUAUUUCCAAUAUACAAAUACUGCAGGGUUGUUGUGUGACAAAUUUUAAAAGAAAAUAUUUGCUGUUUAAAAAUAUCUUUAAACUUUAAUCCUACAAAGGUAAUUUUGACACUGACAUGAGUAAAGUAAGAAUUGGUCUUUGGUUGUGUGUAUUAUGGUAAAAGGUUGAAAAUGUUUAUUUUUUCCACCAUUAUUAAUUAUAAUUAUGUUUAAGCUUAUUAUUUUCCUUAAAGGAUUUACACCACAAUUAACAAAUAAAAAAUCGAGACUUUGUACAUUUAUAUGCCAUUCCAGCUAAAAAUGAGAUAAUUGCACAGUGAGAUAUCUUUAAAUCAGUAUAAGAAUUUGUCAAUGUUAGCUUCCAUUCAUAAUGUGGUAUGAUAUGACCAAUAGAACUGAUCUUCCAAAGUUAGAAUUUUUUUAUCAGAGUUUCUUUAUUAUCACACAUAAAUUACUAUUUACUCAAAAUGAUUAAAAUGGGCAUUUUAAAAUCUUGAAAUGUUGAGAUAACAGAUUGUAUGUUCGGUUGUCGACUUAUGUAAAUAGAAAACAGACUGACUAUUCUUUCAAAAUGAAAUUUUCAUUGCACAGUACUUGUCAUGUCACUAAAUGAACCUUAACUAUCACUUUACUGGUCAAACACGGAUAAUUCAAAUUUAAUUUGCAGAUAUGAUGGAGAGAUUCUUCUAUUAAGACGUAUAAUUUAUAUUUUAACCUUGAGUUUUAUCGCUAUCAGAAAGUUAUUUUAGAAGGUAUUACUUCAUUUAAUUUGGAUUAGUUCUUUAAAUUAUAUACCUAUAAUAGCUGUAGUAUUAUAAAGUGUAAGUUAUUGUACAAAUGUAAAUACUGUAUACAUAACUUGUAUGUGUGAUUUAACAGUUAUGUGAAUUAUAUAUUUGAUGAAAAUAUGUAACUGAUGAUAUUGAUGAAAUAUUAGAACUUACUAAACAAAUGAAGCUUCUCACAGAUUAUAUCACUUAUAUCUACUGCAAUAUCUUCUAGGAUACUGCUUUAUAGUGUUUACAUUGAAGGCUGAUUUUACUACUCAUUAUUCAUGUGCUAUUUGAAUAUUCGAUUCAAUUGAAAUGAUAUAUUUUUUGGCUAUUUUUGAUGCAUUUUCAGAUUUGUAGAUAAUGUAAAAUCUUUCAAAUCAAUGUAUAUUAUGUUACAUUAGCUGAUUUAAUUGAAUUAAUAUUAUGUAGAUAUUUUAUAGGAAACAAUAACUAUAUGUUUGAUUGAAUAACCUUCCGAAACAGUUAAAAUGCCAGUAUUCAAAUAAGUGUAUGAACAAUAUACUGCUUUAUCUUUUUUUAUAUGCCCACAUGAAAAUGUGGCCGUAUAUUGCUGUCCCCUCUGUUCGUACAGACGUACUUCAAUUCGUCGUCCACACUUUCUUUUGAACACUUUACAGACUACAUUUAUCAUCUGAUUGUUUUGAAAUUGAUAUAUGUUGUUUACAUCAUGGAGUUAAUAAUUUCCAUUUAUUUAAUUUAGUGAAACGAGGACAUCUAUUGAAUUUCAGCAAUUUCUAACAACACAAUUUAUCAUUUGAUCUGUAUGAAAUUUAUAUGCAUCAUUUAGAUUAGUGAAACAAAAAAGCCUAUUGAAUUUUAUCAAUUUCCGUUAAUUUCUUCUAGAGUUAUGCCCCUUGUUUCACUUUGUUGUACCUUUAUGAAAGCUGGAAUGAUGAAAGUUAUUAUCUGAUCUGUAUGAAAUUUAUAUGCAUCAUUUAAAUUAGUAAAACGAGAAAUCAUAUUGAAUUUCAACAAUUUCUGUAAAUUUCUUCUGGAGUUAUGGCCCUUAUUGCACUUUGUUAUCAUCCGAUAAUUAAGAAUAAAGUUAUUGCCCUUGUUUAACUUUAUUGACCCCUGUGAACAUUUGAAUGACGAAAGUUAUCAUCUGGUCUGUACAAAAUUUAUAUGCAUCAUUUAAAUUAGUGAAACGACAAAGCCUAUUGAAUUUCAGAGUCAUGGCCCUUAUUUCCCUUUAUUGAACCUUGUGAAUGCUUGAAUGAUGAAAGUGAUCUUCCGAUCUGUAUGAAAUUUAUAUGCAUUAUUUAAAUUGAUGAAACGAAGAAGCGUGUUGAGUUUCAGCAAUUUCCGUGAAUUACUUAUGGAGUUAUGGCCCUUGUUUUACUUUGUUGAACUUGCAAAUGUUCGAAUGACACAAGUUAUCAUCCGAUCUGUAUGAAAUUUAUAUGCAUUAUUUAAAUUAGUAAAAUUAAAAAGCCUGUCGAAUUUCAACAAUUUUUGUAAAUUACUUCCAGAGUAAAGGCCUUUGUUUCAGUUUGUAGAACCUUGUGAACCGGCAAACAACGAAAAUUAUAAUCUGAUCUGUAUGAAAUUGUCUUGUAAAUGCCCCCUUUUAUAUACAAAAGAAUAAAUAUGCGACAACCCUUGUCAUCCAUUGAGACGAUUUAGCUAUUGUGGGCGUAUGUUUCGUUGCCUGGCAACCUAUUCUUUGUGAAGUGAUAAUUUUAGGCACAACCUUUUGACCUGACUUGAUAUGUUUGAAUUGAUAUAAGAAAUGACUUGCUUAAGAUUCUCUGUUUGUCAUAUGCCCAUAAACCUUUCUCUGACGUGAAUUAUAUUAACUGUUAAAAUUGGGAAUUGUAUAUGGUUGAUAAAAAAUGUGUCACAAAAUCUGACAUGUCAAACCUAGACUUUUUUCACAAGAAUAGAAAGAGAACUAAUCCUUUCAGGCAAUACCCAGGUCAUUCGCAAUAUUGGCAUACAUAUUAUACAAGCAAUAAAUUCAUGUUUUUGCAGAAUAUAACAAAUGAGUGACAUGCCAGUACUCAAGUUACCAGUUUUUGUGUUAUAUUUAACAAAUAAAUUAUAUAAUUUGGUUGAA